AUGGGGACAAGCGGUCCAUCCGCACACCUUCUUCUUCGUUCCACUUUAUAUGUGAAGAUAACUCCGUUGGGUUCAGUGAAAAAUGCCCGAGGCCUUUGGGGGUUAUUCCACAACAGGGUGAAAAAAGCGGCCGCAUGCAUGGGAGUUUUGGUGCCCCGAUUCCUGCACGCUGCCACCGGGCUCGGCACGCGAUUGCUUCAAUGCUGUUUCUUUGCGAAAAAUGUUCGAUAUAGGAUAGCGCCAUUGAAUGGCGGAAUGGCGUAUAUCCCAUCAGACGGCUCAUGUUCCCCUGUCGGCGAUGGGGGUUGGGAGUGCACUGCGUUCGAGGUUAAUGAAUAA